AUAGGCACGACGGCCACGUUGGUGGACGGUCUGCUGCUGGGCGACACCUGCCAGCACGACAUGGACUGUUCGGACAGCGUCAAGGGCAGCUACUGCACCCUGGAGGGCAUCUGCGAGUGCAGUCCAUUCUACGUGCGGCUCAACGAGUCUUCCUGUCUGCCGUCGCAACUGCUCGAGAGUGAGUGUAGCCUGUCGGAGCAGUGCUCGAUGCGUGUGGCUAACAGCAGCUGUAUCGGUGGCCGCUGCCAGUGCGAUGGUGGCUUCCUGCAAUUCCGCAAACAUACCUGUCUUUCGCCCGCCCAGCCGGGUACGGUGUGCUACAGUCACGCGCAUUGCCGCAUGUGGGACACGGAAAGCCACUGCGACUUCCUAAUUCCGAACCUGUUCGGUCGCUGCCAGUGCACAUCGCCGGCGCGCCAAAAUGGGCCGACCUGUGUGACGGAACCGGUGACGUUGGCCGUGCCGGAGGAGCAACUGCCAGCUUUCACCAAGCCGCAGCAACAAAGUCCCACCAGCGACGGUGGCAUGGAAGAGGGUUCGAUCGACCGGAUGUCCACCACCACGGAGGACGAUGUGAUCGUGGUGGACAAUAUUGUGCAGCGCGAUGAUGCACAGGACGAGCAGAUGGCAUCGGCCGAGGAGCACAUCACCACCGAGUAUCAGCCGGUGGCGUCGGAGGAGGAUGGUAUCAGCACGACGGACUUUGUGGAGAUCACGAGCGGUAGCUAUCCGCAGGAAGAACGCGUGACGACCAGCAGUGGUAUGGAGCAGUACGAAAAUACGGAUGAGUACUCGAACCUCGAGAAGGAAGUGGAGGAACAGUUCAAGCAGCAAGAACUUGCCGAUGCCCUUUCGACUACAACGGCCGCACAAUGGGCUACGGAAAUUGCUGAAGCCAUCACCACACAGGAGCGGGAGCAGGACGCGCUGGAUAGUAGUGACUCCUCCACUCAGAUGACGAUCGAAAUUGUGUCCCCUUCGAAUGGUGCUACAACGACCGAUCGUAGCGAGACGACAACGAUUACCAACAGCGACGACCCAGCGACAACCGGGCUUGAGUUCGACACCGAACCAAGUGACGUCGAAAACGAGGUAGAGAUCGUGGAAUACGAUCGUACGGCGUCACCCGACGAUGACAAUGCACAGCAGGCAGCAUCAUUGAUUCAGCAGGAAUCCACCGUUUCCGCCACCGAACGUAUCGAGGAAACAACGCUGCCAUCCGCCACGGAGCAUACCAACACGGAAUCAAACGAUGCGAAGGAAAUGACAACGACCGAGUUGAUUGAGCAGUAUCAUGAUGUGCAGCUGCGCCGUCAAGACUCCAAACUUUUCGACGAAGACGAGGUGGACGAGCUGGUGGAGAAGAGCUCUGGCAAGGAUCGAUUUGAGGCGCGCGAAACAACCAGACACUCGGAGCGCGAUAACGAAGUAAUUGACACACAAUCGCUGGACACGACCACGGAAACGCUCGUCCGACUGGCUAGCCGCACGACGGCCAUGGAACCGGAAGCUCCCGUAUCGACUACCACCGUUGCAACAUCAACCGCGAGAAUACGCACCCGAGUUGAUUUGGGAGACGGGCCCGUUUCGUUGGGAUUGUCCUGUGCCAGCAGUGAGCAGUGCCAGCUGGCCGAUCCCUACAGCUACUGUAACGACGAGGGACGUUGCGAUUGUUCCUACCGUACGCCGGAUGAUUCUUGCCGUGCCACCAACACCGGUUGCUCUCGCGGAACGUUCCAGUGCCGCUCGAGUGGUAUCUGCAUCAGCUGGUUCUUCGUGUGCGACGGACGUCCAGAUUGCAGCGAUGCCUCCGAUGAGGAGUGUAACUUCGCGCCGAAAUCCAACGCCACACUGCAGCGCUCGCCCAGCUGUCCCGAGCUCUCGUUCCGGUGUGAGAAAAGCGGACGCUGCAUAUCGCGGGCCGGUAUCUGCGACGGGAAGGCACAGUGUCCGCACGGCGAGGACGAGGUCGGGUGUGAUUUCCGCAAGUCGCGCAAAUGUCCCGAGCACACGUUUAUGUGCCGCAGCGGUGAAUGUCUGCCGGAGUAUGAGUACUGCAAUGCGAUCGUAUCCUGCCGAGACGGAAGCGACGAACCGCCGCAUCUGUGCGGUUCCCGGGCGGUGCCGAACUUCUUCGUAAAGUUGCUGAGCGGUCCGACGGCGCGCGGUCGCAACUAUUGUCCGAUGCGCUGCGCUAAUGGCCGUUGCCGGUCGACCGCGAUCGUGUGUUCUGGGCGCGAUGGAUGCGGUGAUGGUAGCGAUGAGGAUCGGUGUUCUGUUUGUCGAUGCCCUGCGCCGGCCUACAACAACGUCCUGGCACCGAUCGUACCGGCCGUCAUGUCGAAACCAAGGAGUAGGACGAGCCGCAUCACCGGUGGACACUGGUCACGAACCUAA